CAUUAUUAUUUAUAAAAAUAAAAACUCUUUUCUUGAAUCUUCCUGGGACAGUGUCAAGGCAAGGAAGGCACCAACUUAUACCUAUUUAAGUUCUCAUAGUCUCCACUUUGCUCUCUCGACCUCCAUGAGAGCUGCUAAUGUAGGAGAUGAUUGAGCCAUUGAUAAGAAGAUAUAUUCCAUUCUUGCCGAUCGGCAUUGUUCAUCGUCAAGUUGCUUGACAUCCGAGGCAAAACCUGUAACUGCCUGUUUGCCAUUCGAGAACCAGGAUCGAACAUAAGGGAUCGAUUGGUAAAGAGAGAAGUUCUUGCAUCAUUACUGAUCCAAUUCCUAUUUUUUUUCAUAAAACCAAGUCGAAGGACACACGGUGUGAACUGGGGGAAGAGCCAUGAAGAAGAUAAGUUUGACAACAGGGGCAUCCAUUUUAGGGCUGAGCAUAGCACUCUUGAUCUUCUAUGUAUAUGAUCUCUCAUCCGUAAAUUUCACUCGGAUUCAAGUGCUGAAACGUUGGGCCAUUAGGCCCCGGGCAAGGUCGCGGCCCACCGUGAUCACCUGCAACCGCUCCGACCUGUGGUACGAUCUUUGCUCCAUCAACGGCCCAAAUUUGCUGGAGCCCACCUCCUCUACGCUCUUCCUAGUGGACCCCACACGCUACUUUGGGCCACCGGUUUCGGUUAGGACCCGCCCCUACACGCGCAAAUCAGAUUUAGGGGCUAUGAAACAUGUCAAAGAGCUAACUCUCACCUCAGCCCAACACCACAUGAAUUGUGCAGUCAUGCACACCAGUCCGGCCGUAGUGUUUAGUGCCGGCGGUUAUACCGGGAACUUCUUUCACGACUUCAACGACGGCCUCCUCCCCCUCUUCAUCACCGUCAAUUCGUUCUUCGGCAAUCAUGAUUUUCACCUCGUGGUCACAGACUGCUCCCUCUGGUGGCCUCAGAAGUACAAGGAGGUGAUUUCGCGAAUCAGCAGCCUCCCGAUGAUUGACAUGGACCGUGAUAAUAGGACACAUUGCUUCCCAUCGACCAUAGUGGGCCUGAUCAAGCACGGGCCAAUGACUGUGGAGCCCGCUCGACUGGCCCGCCCGAUAACACUGCGGGACUUCGGUUCCUUCUUAAAGGAUGCCUACUUAGGCCAAGGGGAAGAUAAGGCCAUGCAACAGUCCAACCAUAGCCAAGACACCGGCUCGGUUCGGCCAAGACUCGUGCUACUGAGCCGGACAAGACAGGUAGGCCGAGCAGUGCUAAACCAGAAAGAGCUCAUGGCAUUAGCAGAACAAAUUGGGUUCAAUGUGACCCUGUUCAAGCCAAGCCAUAAAACGUCUCUGGCGGAUGCUUUCAGGCUGAUCCAUGCAAGCCAUGCAAUGCUGGGCGUACAUGGGGCAGGGCUCAUGCAUUCCAUAUUCCUCCGUCCCGGGUCAGUGCUGGUGCAGGUGGUGCCGAUCGCGACCGAGUGGGUAUCCGAGAUGUUCUUCGGGAAUCCGGCCAGGACACUCGGAUUGGAGUAUAUCGAGUACAGGAUCCAGCCGAGCGAAAGCAGCCUAGCUGAUCAGUUCAGCAUCGACGAUGUGGUGCUGAACAACCCGAGGGCCGCGACGAAGGGCGAUUGGUCCAACAUGAAACUGUACCUGAAAACCCAAAACGUGAAGCUGGACAUGGUCAGGUUCAGGGCAUGCUUGGAGGAAGCUUAUGUGAAGGCAAAGAGAUUCAUGGAGGAGAAUGAAGGUAACGAAAACAUGGAUAAAUUGGUCUCAAGCUCCAGGAAGUUAAUUAAGUAAUUAUAUAACGGCAAGACUAAAAGGAGAUAAAUAAGAAAUAAAUUUUAGAUUUUCCUUAGCAUUGUCCGUGAAGAAAAAUCAUAGGUAGAGGGGUUUGAUUUAUAAGAUAGCUUUAUGUUUAUGGAAUGUGGAAGUAAAAGGAGAGAGACUCGUUCCCAUCCUGAAAUUUUGGCGAGGGAAGUGAACAUAUGUAAUGCUAAAAAUAUGUUCAGUCCGCCGCCGCUUGAAACGUGCGAAAAGGGGUUCCCGGACUGGUGCCCAAGAGUCUCCUCUAAUGCUCAAGUUAGGAGCGUGUUUUUAUGAAACAAUUAAGAGUGUAUCGGAAUUACCAUAAAGAAUUCCUUAUAUAUUAA